CAUCUCCUUCCAUAAUCGCCAACCCCCAGAAUCUCACUCAAAAGAUAAGAAACUUUGAUUUAAACCCAGAAGAAACCCCACAUCCAUUCAAAACCCUUCUUCUUGUUCCUGCUCAAAGCAAGAGAAAUUUGUUUACCACCAUGUGUCCUCUGCGCUUCAUCUUGGUCUUCUUCUCGGCGGCUUUGGCCGGCUAUUUCGCCUGGACCACCGUCAACGCCUCCACCGAUGCCUUCGCCGAGGCCGACUUCUCCAACGAUUCAACGGCUGAUGCCAAGAAGCAGCAGGAAUCCAAUAUGUUCAAGGUGAUUCAGAAUGGGUUCUGGGUGUUCGUGGACAUGGCCAGCGGAAGAUACUUGUGGAGAAACUUCAGGGAGAUGAAAGACACAAUGAGAAAGCUAGCUGAUUGAGACUUGAGAGUUGAGAGCUAGCUUACCGCCGCCUUUUUCCGCCACAAGGAGACACAACUUGUUGGUCGACCGAUGAUCAUCAUCCAUCUAGUUAGCUGUUCUUUUCUUCUUUUUUGCGGUCUCUGAUCAGUAGUUUUGCCAAUUGUAGCUACCUGCAUAAGAAA